AUGUAUAUGUACACAGCCUACAACGUCAAAUUUCGGGUCACUCUGCACGGUAAGGGGAACAAGGUAAAAGAUGGUGCAUUGAAUAUGGCCUUAAGCCCAAUAGCGAUCUGCGGCCGCGUUGCUUCCUAUUGGCGUCGAGGCAACAAUGGCAACUGUGCGCUGUCGGCUGCUACGAAGGUGACGAAGCUGCAAAAGGCCGAGUACCACUCCUUAAUCCCAAUACUUAUUUUUAUUUGUAAGAUAGCUACAUUUGUAGCAAAAGCAACUGAAGUAGAAAGCAAGUAUGAUUGUGAAAAUUUCUUCGUGUACAAAACUCUUUAA